AGCAUAGUGGAGUCAACGCAAUACGCUGAGGAAUUAAUUUCUUAUAGGAACAGAUACGGAAAAGGUCUGAAAUGGCGAAUGGAGAAGGAACGAGUUCUGCUCCAGCUACCAGCGCAGCACCUAGGAGAGGGAAAACGAUAGCUGUUCUCUCAUCUCUGCCUCUACAAAUACUCUUCUAUUUGAAUGGAUGGUAUUUUGCCUUUCUCUGGCUGUGUGAAGCAUUGAUGUACAUUUACAAAGGUUCAGUACUACCAUACCCCACAGAGAAUCUGGCUGGAGAAUGGGUCCUUAUCUUCCUCUUAGUUGCCAUUGAGUAUGUCAGGUUGUUCUUAGGAAAGAAAGGGAACCUGACGGAGAAGGUCGUCCAUCUUGCCGUAUCCUUGGCGUUAUCCAUGGCAACACUGUUUGGCGCCCUCUAUCUCAUCUUGUGGCAGACCUACGUGUUACGAGCGGAGUUAAUCCUCAAUGCAGUGCUUCUUUGCUUCCUGGGGCUUGAACUGGUAUUCAGUAUAAUUGCUGUCAUCUCAUUCGGCAGGGCAAAUCAAACAGUAAGAUGAGAGGUCCAGACGGUACUUAGCUCCUAGUCAUCACCCAGUACUACUCCAGGGGGUGUUUCACUAAGCCUUUUUUCAAUGACAAAUGACAAAAAUCAGUGACAAAUCUGCUGAUAACCAAACACAAACUGUCAUUUGUCACUGAUGAAAAGUUUUGUCAAACGCCCCCAGCAGCGAAGGAUGAUGUAUUUCUACAGAUACUGCCUCGUCUUGGGAAACUGCUUUGAAGGAAUGAAAAAACGACUCUAUUUUGCUGUGAAUUUUCACCAUGUUUCAGUUUAACAUAGCCCGAUGCAAAAUUUUACUUGAUCUAGCAGAAAAUUUAAGUAUAAAAUGAGAUUCCUUUAUUUCGUAAAUUUAAAUUUUCACUUCUGUCAUGGGGGGGGGGGUGAUUUAAAUGUGACCUAAUCCCAUCACAGUUUGUCUUCAUUAUUGGAAAUAUUCUCAAUUUUCUUUUUCAUUUCCUAUUUUAAAUCUUUUACCAACUUUUUAAAAAUAUAAUCAUUACCAACAAAAAGUCACCUUUAUGUACAUGGGAUGUUAAAUAGUCACUCAGACAUUUGAAAUAGAAUGUGUGACUAAAUUUGCAAGCCUUUUGUUUUCUUUGGGUAUUGCCAGCCAAGAAAAAACCUUGAAA